GCGGUUAAAUGAUUGGAAAAGGCGAAGUCUAUACCAAUCUUUACAAGUAAUUUAAACCGUGCAUAGCCCAACUAUGAUUAACGAUAAAUUCGGAAUAUGUUAAUACCGGUAUAUCAGCUUUUAGUGUUCUUCACACUAUAUAAACACGUAUUAAAAUAGGAAACAUGUAAAGGACAAGCUUGGGCCAAAAGGUUUUUGUUUAAAUAAGAAAUGGAUAAUACUCAAAUGAAGUGUAUAGUCAACUAAGAAAAAAAGUGCAUUCAAGCUGAAUACCGUGAAAUGAAUAAGCGAUUGAAAUAAAGAAUGUGAUUUGUUCUGGUCUUUUCGUAUAAGAAAGCGAGAAAAAAUGUCGGCGACUGUUUUUCCGACGGCUACUACGUUGUCGUCGUCGGCGUUAGCGAAUAACACAACACAGGAGGUCGGUUCUCUCCAAAACACCAGUGGAAAUGACAAAUGGAUGGAUACGACGCCAAGGAUCGUGUUUCUGUCGGUAUUUCUCAGUGUCGGCUUCAUCGGGAAUGCGUUACUCGUCAUAACAAUAUGCCAAAGCCAGCGGUUCCGUACGGUGACGUUUUUCGUGUUCAUAAUUAACUUAGCGGUGAUAAAUAUAUGCGAGUGUGUCUUUAACAUGACUUUAUUGCUUGCAGCAAGCAUUUUGAACGACUGGCGUUUCGGAGAAUGCGCCUGUCAUUUGAGCGCAUUUUGCCUGAACUUUGUGCACCUAGAAUCCAUCCUCGGAUUGACGGUCACUUCUGCCGACCGGUUCAUAGCGUCCCGGUACAAAAGUCAGUACCACCUGGUCGUCUCGAACGCUAGAGUCGCCGUCAUUCUGACGCUAACGUGGGUGCAGGCGUUAUCUUUCAGUAUUCCUAUCGCUGUCGGCAAAGUGAGUUCGAGCCUAAACGAGUUCAUCAUCUAUUGCUCCGUUUCUCAAGGAACUUCAAUCAUUUAUAACACUUUCAGCGUCCUGCUGUGCUUCAUUCUUCCAAUAAUUCUGAUGCUGGUGUUUUUCGUCAAUAUCAUCCGAAGCGCCUAUAAAGAACGCGCCAACAUCCGGAACGCUAUCGCUCAGCAGAACUAUAACGAAGACGCUACUGGGGAACCGGAAAUAAAACAGGAUAUCCGACACGCGAGCGUUACCGGAACCCUGGCGGUAGCUUGGUUAGUUCUAGAGGGCCCGCAUACCGUCACGACGUUUUACUCUCAGUUCAGUGUCUCGUCCGAGCUUGGCGACAUCACGACCGAUAAGCUGAACUAUGUCUGGUACGUGGAUCUAGUGUUGCUAUGGUUACGCUUUUGCUACUCGAUUGCGCUUCCGGUAGCGGCGUUCACGUGGAAUAAAGAACUGUGGAAGUGUUUCAAGGACUUUAUACUCUGCCGGAAGAAUAACUCGGUGGUCGACGAGUCCUUUAAAAAGAGCGAGAACGACACGUUCCGCCUUGAUCGUAAACUCAAUGGCGCAAAACCGAAAGAAAAGACUGGUGUAUUUCCGCAAAAAGAACAACGCGUUUUUCAAGUUCCCGUUCUAUUUGCGACCUCGAACGGUGUCCAUAUAAAAACGGUCGAUCAAGAAUCGGAGACUGAAGAAGAAUCGGAUGCAAGAACGAAUCGCUCCAGCGCACUGAAGGGGAAGAAAUGUGACGUAGAAGGAUCACGUGAUAACUUGAACACGCCGGAAAACGACACGAGCGACUAUGAUUCUGGAAACGAGUGCGACCCUUUCUCGGUGUCGCAUCCGGUGUCCAUACGGCAGAAACGGGAGGAAGUGAUUUCAGAGCGGAAGCGAUCACUAUCGGAGCCGGAAGUCCGGGGCGGAAAGGGGAAACCUGAAAGCGGCGAAACAAGUGUCAGCGCCACAUCUGAAGGAGAUUCCGGCCUCGAUCUGAGUAUGUUGCCUAGCGACAGCUUAACGCGUAAAAAUAAGUUCCACGUACCUUGUGAUAAAUUCAUGUUGCAAGAUACCCAACAGUUGCAGACUGAGGUUUUAGAGCCGGGCCAUAUACAGAAAUUAUGCAAUAACAUGGACAAAAGUGUAGCUGCAGGUCAGGUAGACUAUGAGAUAAAUGUAUGUACCAGUACUACAGAAACAGACACAAUGACGUCAUCCAGAUAUGUGACGUCACGUGAAAAUAAGAACAAUAACUAUUUACAGUGUAAUGUUAAUGCCUCUUCAGUUGGAACAGACAAUACAAAUGAUUUAAUAACAGCCGGUAUGGAUUCUCCGCUACCUAGACGUAAAAAGAAACGACGGCGUGAUAAGAACGUGAACUUCGACUCGCAGAGCAUUUCGUCGAUGACGUCGAAUUCGUCCACAAUACCACCGCGUCCACCGCCUAGACUGGCUCCCAUUUCUACUGCGUUCGGUUUGAAAAGUUUUACAUACUCAGGGCUCGCUAGGCCGGGUUCAAGUUGCUCCAGCCAAUACUCAAUCUUAGACAAUCUGGAAUACGCCGGUAGUCCGUCAAACCUGUUUUCAGAUAGCACCUCCGAUGCAAGGCCAUAUGACGUCGAAUCGAUUACGUCAUCAGUGUUAAGAAAUCACCUCAAAGCUGGCAUUAUUCGCCAAAGUGGGUCCAAUCUCCGAUGUGCCACGCCAGACAGCGAGUCAUUACAAUUAGAGAUUAAGAGGAGUAUUGAAAUCGUCCCAGAGGAAGUGUUAUCCCCAAGUGGAUGCACUAUGUUAGAACUAAAACAAAGUGAUUCGAAGAAAGGUGUUGUGAAUACGGGGUUCGAGUAUGAAUCGGGCAAUGAAAACACGGAACAAAAUGCUGCAGUUACGUGUUCUAGAACAGUGCCUAGUUCAGAGACCAGCAGCGCUCAAAAUACCCCUGACCUGGACGAGAAUAGAACACGCAAUGUACAUGCUCGGCGGAAGCGACGUGAAAAGAUGACGUCAAUGACGUCAUCAACAAGAGAAAUGCUGAACACUUCCUCUCGUCUUGCAGACAACAGUGGCUACAAACUUUUAGUACCGGAAACACCCUGAGAUAAUGUCGCUGUUCUUUCAAGGACGGUUUGCAGACGGUCUUCAUGUUGAAACCGCGAUGACGUCUUUUGGUGACGUCAUGAUUAGGGUGACGUCCCUCCGUUGAUUUUACCUCGGCAAUCAAGAAGGCGAAGCUGUCAUUAGACGACGCAAAUACUCAAAGGAUAAUUAUGAUGUCAUUAAUGCCAUCUCAAACAGUAAACAUAUCCGGGAUGACAUCAUUUACAUCAAGUGAAAAGUGCAUGAUAUUAUUGCGAUAACCUAUGGCGGUAAAUGAAAAGGACGGCGAUAAUGUGAUGAUUCAGCAUAGAACGUGUUUCUAUGUCUGGUUUCACUUUUCUCAAUCGGUGAUAUCAUAUCUUAAAUCACGUUAAAACGUUCGUCUUAUCUAGACAGUGUUGUUGCAUAAGUUAGACGUAAUAACAUUACAAUAGCGUGAUAUUAACGUACUUCAUAAUACCACGUUCUGGGAAAACUGGGCUUAAUGAAUGUACGUAAAGUGUUCUCCCAGAUGAGUCUGAGAAGUCUGCAGAUAUUUACGCACAUGCUUCAUCCCAGAUUUCCCGGUACGAGGCGCAAUAGAUUUAUAAUCGCAAUCAACUUAGAAAUAAUGCAUGGACGUGAUAUUGAGGGGUUUGUUUCUAUUAAACCGACCAACCCUAAUUUUUGUUGCCAAAACUUAACUUCUUUUUGGUAUUCUGUGUUCGAUCGUCUUUCGCUAUAUUCGACCAUAGUAAAUUGCAAAUUCCUUUUUUACAUAUCAAGAAAGAGAUUCGAACGAUUUAGUGUUAUUGAAAAUCCUUCUUUAAUUGAGACAUGACUGGAAAAGAGUAGACAAGUUUGACCGACCUACAGAUCUUAUAUUUGGAGAUACUAGUCGAAACUAACACCUUAUUAUCUGAUAUUGCUCAACAAUAAACGUGCUUACUAAUAGAGCCCCAAUGAGUGCAUGCAAUAUUAUACAUGAACAACUAACGCCUAGAAUUAAAACUCAUAUAUGUUGUGUAUAUUUUACACAAUUAUUUUGCAAGAAAUCGCAAAAUAUUAACGAAUUUCAAAUCGAGGAGCUAAGUGACACGGUCUCCAGUACCUCUUUGAGCCUGCCCUUGCACUGGCAAAACUGGGAUUACUGCAUGUAAAAUCCACACACGCUAACCAGGGACGACACUUUUUUGCUUUUAUGGUAUUUUCGUUUAAAAGAAGUCACUUUUUAACGAAAAUCCAGUUUAAGCGAAACGUGCCACCCCAGAUUAGCCUGUGUGGACUGCACAGGCUUAUCUGGUACGACACUUAACUCUAGCUCAUUAAGCCCAGUUUACAUGUUUUAAGUCGAUUGAAAUCUUUCUUAUUCAUUAAAACUAUUUUAAAACAUGUGCUUUUUCAUUCAAGUCAACGUUUAUAAACUGAUAAAAUCGAUGUUCAACUUUUAUUUUGCAUAAACCUUAUUGAUUUUUCUUUAAACUUCAAACUCGAUGAUAAUUAACGGAAUGGUAUAGUUAUUUUAUUUUAGAGCUUGUACAUUAUUAUUACAAUGCACUUAAUCCAUUUGAAAUUUUAUUACUUUUACUGUUCAUAAAUUUAAGUAGUUCUAUAUGAUUAAAUUUCUCCCGAUAUCGAGUAACUUCUUUUUUCUUCAAUAAAUAUUAAUUUUUAUGAAACGUUCUUUUAAGAUCGAGGGGUCAUUGAACUAUAAGUUACAUUAAGUUUUUUGGUUCUGAAUAAUUGAAUAUUUACAUUAAUAUUAUAUCUAUGAUAUCGAGUAACUUCUUUUUUGCUUCAAAUGAUAUUGAUUUCAUUUAACGCACGUUUUAGUUCGAGGAGCAUUAAACUUUUCAGUACUAAAGAAAUUAAGUGCUGUAUAAUUUAAUAUUAUAUUAAAUAUUUAUUAACGUUUCUUCUUUACAAUAAUUUUCUUGAAGGAAUUUUUUUAUUUAUUUUACACCUGUAUUUCAAUAAUGACAUGAAAUGUCAUGUGACAUCAGAAGUUUGACCUGUUCAAUUAAAUAUUAUUUAAAUGAUAUUAAGCACUAAUAAAGUAUUGUCACUUGACUUUUGUGUACACUGACUGAUAUUUCCGUUAUGAUAUAGAAUGUAUUUAUUUUUACGAAGAUGUGAUGAUCAAAUGUGUUUUAUGUAUGGAAUUUUAACAUUUAAUAUUGACCAAAUGUUUACUUUGACGGAAAAUAAAUUUGUUUUAUAACUGUUGUUCUAUAAGUGUAUAUAUUAAUACUUAUUCUUGUCUGGUUAUGUUGUAUUGUUGAUUUUACUUUCUAUAAAAAACUUAUCACUAA